AUGGCGGGGGCCGCUCGGACCCCGGCCUUUGGACAGGCUGUGAUCGGCCCGCCGGGCUCGGGGAAGACCACCUACUGCCUGGGCAUGAGCGAGUUCCUGCGCGCGAUGGGCCGGCGCGUGGCGGUGGUGAACUUGGACCCGGCCAACGAGGGGCUGCCGUACGAGUGCGCCGUGGACGUGAGCGAGCUGGUGGGUUUGGGCGACGUGAUGGACGCGCUGCGGCUGGGACCCAACGGCGGCCUGCUGUACUGCAUGGAGUACCUGGAGGCCAACCUGGACUGGCUGCGUGCCAAGCUUGACCCCCUCCGCGGCCAUUACUUCCUCUUCGACUGCCCAGGCCAAGUGGAGCUCUGCACGCACCAUGGCUCCUUGCGCAGCAUCUUCUCCCAGAUGGCUCAGUGGGACCUCAGGCUGACUGCUGUCCACCUGGUAGAUUCUCACUACUGCACAGACCCCGCCAAGUUCAUUUCAGUACUGUGCACCUCCCUGGCCACCAUGCUGCAUGUAGAGCUGCCCCACGUCAACCUCCUCUCCAAGAUGGACCUCAUUGAGCACUAUGGGAAGCUAGCCUUCAACCUGGACUACUACACAGAGGUCCUGGACCUCUCCUACUUGCUUGACCACCUGGCUUCUGAUCCUUUCUUCCGCCACUAUCGUCAGCUCAAUGAGAAGUUGGUGCAGCUCAUUGAAGACUACAGCCUGGUCUCCUUCAUUCCUCUCAACAUCCAGGACAAGGAGAGUGUCCAGCGGGUUCUGCAGGCUGUGGAUAAAGCCAACGGCUACUGCUUCGGGGUCCAAGAGCAGCGAAGCCUGGAGGCCAUGAUGUCUGCUGCAGUGGGAGCUGACUUCCACUUCUCCUCCACCCUGGGAAUCCAGGAGAAGUACCUGGCACCCUCAGACCAGUCAGUGGAGCAAGAAGCCAUGGACCUGUAA